AUGUUGAGUAAGCCUGAUGUAUUAAAUAUGUUAAUCAAAAAUUAUAAUGAAACAAUUAGUUGUAAUGCUCUUGAUCUUGAUCUUAUGUACGAUUAUCGUCAUGGAUCACAAGCAAAACAACAUUCAGUUUUAAAAAGUAAACCUGAUUCGUUGUUGUUUCAGUUAUAUAUUGAUGAAAUCGGAGUAACCAAUCCCAUAGGUGCAAAAAAGGAUACUCAAAAAAUUACGAUGAUUUAUUUUCAAUUAGAAGAUUUACCUAAUAAUGUCAAGUCAAUGUUAAAAUCAAUUGGCCUUCUAGCAAUGUGUCAUUCUGCUCAUUUAUCUGCAAAAUCAAAUCGAAGAAAGUUUUUUGAUUCUAUCGUCGAGGAUCUCAAUGCUCUUCAAACGGACGGACUUUAUAUUCCAGCUUUACGUGGUCGAUUAAACUUUGCAUUUUCUGUCGUAACUGGUGACCAUUUAGCGUCAAAUGAUAUAGGUGGUUUUCAAAAAUCUUUUAGUAAUGGUCAAUUUUGUAGACAUUGUCAUAUAAAUUAUGAUCAACGAUUUAUUCCUUUAUAUGAAAUUUCUCAUGUUCAAAGAACACAAGAUCAACAUGAUAAUUUAGUUCAACAAGUAUUACGUUUGAAUAAUAAUAAUGUUAUAGGUGGUGUUAUUGAUAAAAGUCCAUUAUCAGAAUUAAUUGGCUUUCAUGCUGUUAUAUCUUUACCGAAUGAUGUCAUGCACGAUCUAAAUGAAGGUCUUUGUGGUCAAGUAUUGCUAGCCAUGUUUAAAGAAGCGUCAAUAAAACGACUUCUUUCUUAUGCAGAAAUUGAAGAUCGGUUGAUAUCAUUUGAGUAUGGUUCUUAUGAUAAGAAAAAUAAACCACCAUUUUUAAGAAAAAAACAUUUGCAUAAAGGAAAAAUAAUCGGUACAGCAUCUCAAAAAAUGUGUUUAUUCAAGCUGUUCCCGAUUAUAUUUUAUGACAUAAUUGAUCGAUUGGAUACUAAAGAUGUCUAUAUUUGUUUGCGUGAAAUUAUUAGUCAUGUAUAUGCUUGUCCUUUUAGAAAGUCAUGGUUAUCUUAUUUAAAUUCUUUAACUAUUCGUUUUCAAUGUUUGAUGGUUCAUCUAUUGCCUAAUUUUGUCUCAUCGAAGGUUCAUCUUAUUACCCAUUAUGCAAAACAAAUUGAAAUGAAUGGACCAGCUGUUAAACACUGGUGUAUGCGUUUUGAGUCCAAACAUAAGAUUUUUAAACAACUUGCUAUUAAAUCUAACAACUACAAAAACAUUCUUUAUACUUUAUCCAAGCGCCAUCAACUACAUCAAUGUCUUCUUUUAUCUUCCACCAAUUAUUAUAAUAUAAUUAAUGAAGGUUAUUCAUCACAAGAAAAACACUUAUUAACACUACCAACUGAUAUUCGUAAAUUAUUAAGCGAAAAUAUUGAAAACAUUGAUCAUACGAAGACGAUUAUGGAAUACCACCGAUUACAAUUUGAUCAUGUUAUGUUUAUUAAAGGAGAAGAUAUCGACGGUGAAACACUUUUUAACUUACCACAAUCAAUGGUCUAUGAAAUAAUUAAACCGAUGAAAGAACGUGUACGUUUUUUAGCAGAACAUCGUGCUUUGUUUCAUAAUGCAUUUUUAAAUAAUUCUGAUGAAGAUUUCUCAAAUAAUUAUCUUGAACAUUCGCCGCACAAUAAUUCUCAACAAUUAAUGAAGCAACAUGAUCUUAAUCAAGUUAAUACAAUGUCGACAAUAACGUUUUCAAAUAAUGAACAAAGUGAUAGUCUUGAUUCUAUUUCUUCAGAAAAUUCUGAAGUUAUCAAUGAAGAAAUAGUCAUUUCACCGAAAAGUCAUGAAGAAAAAGAAAAUGGUGAAGAUAUUACAGAAAUAACUUUUCCAAAUAUAUAUACUAUACCAGAUUUACCAAAAAAAAUUCAACAAUAUAUUGAUAAAGGCGAGAAUGAUUGGAUCGAAAGUCUAAAAGCUAAAUUCAAACGAGAACGUCGUCCACUUCAACAAACAUCUGAACAAGUUCAACGAAUGAAGCUCAAAUAUGGUGGCAGCACUGGUCGACCAAUCACAUCAAAUGACCAUGAAAUUGCACCUCGUCGUGAAGUUCCACUUGCUUUUUGGAACAAAAUAGAUCUUAUUGAUGAUGAUGAAGAUUUGAAUGCAAGCAUUGAAUUUAUGAGAAAUGAAUUAGCACUUGAAAAUAAUAAUUUGGAUAGAGUUAGGGUUGCAUGGAAAAAGACGUUGGUGGCGAGAAGAACAUUUAUUCAAAGUCAUACAACAAAAGAAGUUCUUCAAGAAUAUCCGGGCUAUCGUAUUGCACUAUUGGUAUUUGACGAGAUUCAAUAUCUAUGUAAUGUUGAUGUUGAGUCAAACUGGAAAUCUGUAUUACCAAAAUUACUUGUUAGUAUACCAGAUAAUUCAGGUUUUGAACCAUUAGAUCCUCGUCCAACUAUACGAAUAACAACAGAUAGUCUUUUUAUUUAUUUGGAUUUCGAUUUAAUUACUGAAACAAAAUCAAUAGAUCAGGCGUUGUGCAUUAUCAUUUCCUUAUAUGUCAUAUUCGAAUUACAAUUUGGUUCACAUAAUCGAGCUGUUCAUUUGUUAUAUGGAGUGCUGCUACAAGAACCGGCAAUACUCACAAAACCAUUACGAUCUUUACUCAAACAAUGGGAUUUUCAUAUUGAAAAAAAAGAUCGCAAAAUAAAUACUCAAAUAGCCACAAUCACGUCAACAAAUAAUAACAAACGCACAACUGAUAAUUUUCAAGAAGCUGAAGAUGAUCAAGGUGUUGGACAAAUUGAUAGCGGAUAUCAAGAAAAUUCAACCGAAAACACAGAUACUUAUAUUGCUAUACACGAUAUUACACAAAAUCUGACAAUCAAUACUACAUAUGGUGCUACUGACGAACUUUUGAACAAAUCCGCAAGACAAAUACCAUCAACAAAUAGUUCACCAUCAUCGAUCGAUUCACCAUUAGCCAUACAAAUAGUAACACCAGAAGAAAAAGAAACAUCACUAACUGUACCAAUUUCAAUUAAAAACAGUGAAUGUCGAUUAAAUGCAACACCAUCAAUACCAUUAAAAUCAAGUGAUUUAUCAUCCAGCAACAAACAAGAACUCAGUUUCCUGUCGCGAAAACGUCGUGCUAAUCCGGAAAACACAAUUGUGUCACGCUUAAAACGAUCAAAAACAAAAAAAUAUUAA